AUGUCUGCCAUAAAUAAUACCAAUGUUGAUAGAGAAAACACUACUACUUUAGACUAUGACGGUGCAGCAUAUGAUACCUAUCGUCCAACAUAUUCAUCUCGCCUUUACACAAAAAUUUACGCUUACCAUACCUCACAUUCCUCAUUUUUUUCCACUGCAUUAGACGUUGCAACUGGUACUGGCUAUGUUGCCAGAGAACUGUCAAAAACUUUUCAACAAGUGCAUGCUACUGACAUCUCGCAAGAAAUGCUUUCUUCCGCUUUCAGCUCUCCAAACAUUCAAUAUUCGCUUAGUACAGCUGAAGACCUUUCUCAAUUCCAAGAUUCGACAUUUGACUUAAUAACAGUGGGCGAGGCGCUUCACUGGUUCGAUAGUGUAAAGUUUUUUAAAGAGGCGUGGAGAGUUUUGAAACAAAAUGGAACAUUGGCAGUUUUUGGAUAUUCGUCCCACCAUGUUGUUGAAGGAUAUCUAGCCGCCACGAAUGAAUUUAAAAAAUUUAACGUAGAGAUAUUUGGUGACUAUUGGGACCCUAGGAAGUUUUCGGUAGAUAAAUUGUAUAGAGAUAUUGUGAUUCCUGAAAAAUUGUUCAAAAAUAUUACUUGGGAAAGGAAUGAAUAUGAUGAAAAGGAUGGAAAAACGAGUAAUUAUGAAAGUUAUUUAAACAAGGAAUGGAGUGUUGAACGAUUUAAAAACUAUAUGAAGACAUGGUCCUCUUAUAAUAAUUAUAUGUCCAGGUGUCAAAAAGAAAACCAGAAAAUAGAAGAUCCAGUUGACAAGUUGUUUGAGAAACUUAAGGAAGAUGAGGGAUGGAAAGAUGACCAGAUUUUAAAAAUUUCUUGGUUUUUUGUUCUUGGCUUGGCUGAAAAAAAUUAA